AUGGACGUCUCACCUAAGACGUUUCAAUUUUUAAUAUAUCAUGCGACUGUUAAGCGAAACUUGAAGAAAAUUGAGGUGCCAUUGUUCGUUACGAGUCUAUGUGAAAUCCAACUUUUAGGGUUUGACCAAAAAUAAGUCGAGAGAAUACCUUCAGCGAGCUCUCAACCUGCCAACUAAAAUAAACCCAUUGAUUGAAGCUUGCAGAAGUGGAUAUAUCGAAAUUGUGCGGCUAUUAGUCAGUAUCAUACAAAAAAUGUUUCGAAAAUGUUGUUUUGAGAUUCGUCUCGGCUCAGAUCCUCUGGUUGGGUUAAAGAAAAAAGCUUUUAUCGCAAAACAUGGUUCGAUUUACAUUUCUACGUAAAACAAUUGAAACAAAUCAGGAAUUUUUCAAACAGCUCUGUUUUUUGCGGUUGAUCGAGUCGGUCCAAAAAAAGUGGAGGGAAUUGUCGAAUACAAGACUCGUCAAGAUUUCAAGGCAUUUUUCGAAAGAAUUUUGAAGUUUCCAACGUCUUUUGGACCUUCAGAUUGUCCGUUUGCUCGUGGAAACAUCAAAUAUCGAUUUGAAAGACUCGCUUCAUGAAUCGUUGUUCGUCACCCUCCACUACUCAAAUUUGGGAAUGGGUACCAAAUAUCGAGUUUUAUUCGCGUUAUCUUGAGGUUUUUCAGUGAAAUACCUUUGCAAGCAUGGGGCGAACGUACAAGUUCGCGAUUUGGAUGGCAAGACGUGUUUCAUGAUAAAUAAGUUCUUCGAAAUCCAAAAAAUCGGUUUUUUUUUUCUUCUAGUUAACGAGAUAUAGCCUGUGUGCCACGACUUGAAAUUUCACUAAACGACAUUCCGCUGUGCCACUGCGUGCCUUUGCAAACCUUGGUCGCGCUUCAAAUUUUUCCUUUCUUUUGUUUAAGGUACUCUACUUUCAUGUGCUCCCACAGCAAGAACAAUCAAUUGAAAGCGUGACCUAGAUUCGAAAGACGCUUCGCGAACGCACGCAGCGGAACAGCGGAGUGUCGUUCCAUGAAAUUUCAAGUUGUGGCAAACAAACUAUAAUAAUCGACAAAAAAACUCGCUGGCAUCAAAAAAAGGUGAAAAAAGUACAGAAAGAAUACUUUUCCAGAAAAAGAUCUUCGAUUAUUUCAUUGAACAUGGCCUUUCAGUCGAUGCUACUACGCCUUUCGGUAAGUUCACAAUUUUCUGAAUAUUUCUAGCGUGGAAAGAUUUUCUCUCGUUCUAAGGUAAAACGGCCCUUCAUUUCGCUGCGGAGGAUGGGAAUCUUUUUCUUGCGAAGCUUUUGACUGCCGCCGGCGCUCAACUGAUCGCUGACAAAAAUGGCGAUACUCCUUUGAUCAGUGCCGCUUUGAUGGCCUAUCCUAGAGGUCCAGUGGUGAGUUCUCUAGGAAGUUUCAGAACAAAAAUAAAUUCGCAGAACGACACUUUCGAACACUUUUUGGAUCACUACAAGGACAAGCAAGCGAAAAAUGACGCGAUUUUGAUCAACGCCGCCAUUUACUUGGUCAAUUACUGCGAAGAGAACAGAGUGGAGGCCUUGAGAAAGCCCUGGGAUGAGGCUCAUAGCAUGCAAGAAGUUGGGGAACAUGAUUAAAUAAAUGAAAGUUAUUUUUCUAGGGAGAUGCUAUGGGAGAGCUACAUCCGGCGUACGAUUAUCUUCGAGAAGCGAAAAGUUUCAGAGAAUUUGAGGCGGCUGAAGACUUGCACAGAUUCUCUAUUAUGCAAGUAAGGCUGUUAAGAAGAAGUUAAAGCUUGAAUAUUUCUCAAAUUUUGGCUCUUUUAGGUUGUGCAUGAAAAGAUUCAUAGGGAAAGUCGGAAAGGGUGGAAAAAGGCUCCCAUAGGUAAAACUGAAAAGUUCGAGGAUCCUCAAAGGAUCCCGAGAGGGAGAUAAAAAGCUUCCUCUAAAAGCUCCAAAAAUGAUGUAAAAAAGCUUUUGAGCACCUUUUUCAUAGCCUCAGAGAAUCCUUUUUGAAUCCUCUCGGAUCUUUUUAGUUGCUUUCCAGCAUCCUUUUUGUCAGCGGAUGUGAAAAAGACGCAAAAAGAAUUGAAAUGAUGUAAAAAAAGAUCUGAGCCAUACUCGGGCAAAACUGAAAAGCUCCUUAAAAGCUUUUCUCAAAAAAAGACCUUGAAAGGGUCCCCAGCAGAUCUUUUUUACAUCAUUUCAAUUCUUUUUUGCAUCUUUUUCAUAUCCGCUGACAGAAAGGAUGCUGGAAAGCAACUAAAAAGAUCCGAGAGGAUUCAAAAAGGAUCCUCUGAGGCUAUGAAAAAGGUGCUCAAAAGCUUUUUUACAUCAUUUUUGGAGCUUUUAGAGGAAGCUUUUUAUCUCCCUCUCAGGAUCCUUUGAGGAUCCACGAACUUUUCAGUUUUACCUAUGUAGCAAUGUUUCUUUUUUGCUGCCUUUUUGGUGCCUUUCUGCGGCCUUUCUGGGGCUUUUUUGCGGCCUUUCUGGGGCCUUUUUGGUGCCUUUCUGCGGCCUUUUUUGAGCCUCUCCCUUUUAGCACUCAUUAUCCACCAUUCCUACCUUGAACUAAAAAGAAAAAUCACCUAACCUUCUAAAAGUCCCCAACGUUCAACUUUUCCAGUGCUUCAUUUUCCUGGAAAGGGUUCUUGGCCCUGGUCAUCCGGAAGUUCGCGGAAACCUCUACGACUAUGUCAAAUACGACAUUUCAGAGAAUUUCGACCCACGGUUAGUAGAAAAAUUGUGAAAAAAAAACAACUCAGUAAUGAAUUUAGCGACAACCAGCUCCGUUUCCACAUGCUUGAUAUACAUUACAAGUAUGACCUCAUUCUGCUAAUUACCUUAUAAUUACCUAUGAUUAAAGGUACACCGAGCUGGCGUCUAGGGCUUCGAUCUCCGCGAUCAAAACGGUCUUGAAGUCGAUUUUCCGUUUUGAGGAAAUCACCCAAUGGAAAGAGAAUCAAGAGGAACGCCUCGCUCUUUUGGAACUUUCGGCCUAUCUUUUCGAUCACAUUCAUGACAAUCUAUACAUGGUUGAUUUUUGAAUGUAUUUUCCUCAAAACUUCCAUUUUUCCAGCUCGAACGGAGUGGCUAUCGUAACGCUGAUAACCGAAUCUUGUACGAUCAAUUAACACAAUUUUCCGUCGAGCUUAUCGCUUCGGUCAAAAAUUUUUCAAAUUACAAGAAAAAAUCUUGGUUCAGAUGGUUCGUAUAGGCAGCUACUACAAAGACCAUCGGGCCUUUUGCGAUUUUUGAACUCAAGUGUUAGUUUCUCAAUAUGUUCCAAACAUAGUCGAUCAUUUCAGUUGCUAAGGUUUGUUUCGUUGGCGCACCGUUUGGAUCUUCAAAUGUUUCACGUUACGGCAUGGGAUCGGUGAAUUUUUUGGAACUACUUGAAAUUCAAAAUUCAGAAAGAUUUUUGAUUUUUCAUUUAAAAACGAAUUCGAACAGAUUUAUAAAAGAGUUGCAAAAAUGCAAUCUAUACUUUUGAAAGAUUAAGCCUAGUCCUAAGUAAAAAAACUUCUUUUAAAUAACACUGCUAAAGUAGGAGGUGCGGUAAACGGUUGCAAAAUGGCCGCUAAAAGGGUCCUGUUUUGCAGCCUUUAUUGAGCCUUUUUUCUGUUGGUGAGCUAAAAAGCCUGAAAAAAGGUGAAAAAAGAGUGCUGAAAGUCUCGGCAAUUGAUUAUUUCCGAUUCUACUACUGUAGCACAUUUUGGUUCAUACACAGUCAAUGGUGAAGAUAAUUCUCAAAAAAUUCUGUGUUUCUUUGAAGAGUCCAAAAAAGAGGCCGAUGAAAGGACGGAAAAAGGCAGUAAAAAAAAUUUUUUUGAGAUGAAAAAUGUUAAAUCUACAGGGAGCCCAGUUUGAUACGGCUUUUCGUCGAAGCUGGCGCUGAUAUCAAUGAACUAGACGGCAUGGGGAGAACGCCGCUUCUAUCUUGCGUCUCAAAGACAGUCCGAUCAUCGUACGAUCUCUUCUUGUGAGCAAUAACUGAUAUUUUUGUUCGCAAUUUCGAGAAUUUCGGAUGGUGGAACGCGGUGACCGAGUUUGUGGCCAACGGAGCGCGGAUCUUUUUGCGAAUGGGUCGAUCGAACCUUUUCACACGUCUUCAGACUGAGCAAGAAUUCAAUUACGUUGUUAAGCCUAUAGUUUUUGGUAUGGAUUUUUUUUUUCAGUAGUUUUUUCAAAUCUGAUUAACAAAACAAAAAAUAAACGCUUCCUGAGUAGAUUUUGUUUCAAAAAGUGUACUAAUUAAGCGUUUUUUCAAUCAAAAAUCCACUUAAAACUUUUGAAAACUUUUCGUAAAAUGACACGGGAACCCUAAAGGGGUCGAAAAAGUGGCCUCUAUAGGGGUUCAGGGUCUGUGUCUUCAAGUGUCUGAAUAUGGUCUUUCAAUUUUCAUUCAAAAAAAGUGUUUAGUUUUUCGCAUGAAAAUUCUUCUUCACAUAGAGUUCAUAACAAUUAUCGACUAGCAUGCCCCUAAAGGGAUCACUUUUGAAAGCUCCAGUGACAUAGGGGUUGGUAAAGUGGUCCCUAGAGAAGACAUAAAAAUAAUGAAAAAGGAAACCUCUUUUUAGUGUUAAAAUCCUGGAUUUUUGCAGGAAGAUACAUCAAUCUCAAAGACAUGGCUGCCGAAGUUGUCGAAAAUACCUAUUCAAAGAAAUAUUUGAGUAUUAUCCUGCCUGACGAGGUGAUGAAAUACCUCAUUUUCAAAAAUUGA